AUGCAAAUAGGGGACGGGCGUGGUACUCGUUUGAAACCACCCGUGGUAAUAAUUAUAGCAGGGGCAGGCAAUGCUGCUUUACGAGGUAGAAUGUUGGUUGCCAUCUUGGCAAGUUGUAGAGACGUAUCGAUUUUUGCCCCCUCGACAGCUUGCAUAUGUCCUGCUUGGAAGAACGGUAAUGGAUCAAGUUAGGAAGCAUUCACCAGAAAAGAAAUCUUAAAUGAGUGCCCGAGGCUCAUUAUACCGUUGAGGGAGGGCAUAUACUUGAAUGUAUUGAGUGUUGUAGGUAAAUCCACGUUUAAGGUAGAUCAUAGAUACAGAAAUCGGAGUGAGCUGUUAUAAAGUCGCGAAGAGUGAUACAGGUCGUUAGAAUUAUCGGCGAGUUUGGUUGCAAGAUCUGUGACGUGGUAGGAGCGCACGGUAAGGGUGUCCGGACGAGAUUAGUUUCUUCUUUCACCUUAACGCUGCGGAUAUGGCGCCCCGCUCUAUCUCCCUUCUCGCCUUCCUUGGGCUACUUGCCCUAGCUCACGCCCAGAAAGCUCCAGCUAAGAACCCGCCAGGAAACCCGAUGGACCAGUCUUGGGACUGGGAGGGUGCAGCUUCGAAGCAGACCGACGCGUUUGGCGAAGGAGCGCCGGUGAACGAAAUUGACGAUUCCUGGGACUGGUUUUUGCCGCGUUUCCAAUCGACGGAUGCGUUUGGCGAAGGCGAGCCCAUUCACGAAAUCGACGACUCCUGGGAUUUCGGCGAGCCUUCGUCCGACGCAUUUGGCGAAGGCGAGCCUGUUCACGAAACCGACGAGUCGUGGGACUUCGGCGAAAGCUCUGGUAACUCCUUUGGCGAAGGCGGGCCAGUUCACGAGACUGACGAGAAGUGGGGCUUCGACGACGGCGCCGCCGGCGACUCGUUCGGCGACGGGGAGCCGCUGCACGAAACGGACGACGCGUGGGCGAUUGGCGUAACCACCGUGAACGACGAAUUCGGUGAAGGCGAGCCCCGGUCGCAGUUGGGCUCGUCGCAGUGCACCAAGUCGUCGCUUCCGGGAUACAGCUGCUCCGUUGAGCUCAAGGGCAAGGAUUAUAUUCUCCACUGGACCGUCGGCAUCAACUCCGUCUCUUACGCCGCCGAAGUCGCGACCACCGGCUGGGUCGCCCUCGGCUGGUCCAAGGACGGCAAGAUGGCCGGCAGUGACGCAGCCAUUGGGAACCUGCCACCUGGCAUCGUGACUGACGACAGCGAGAACGGCAACGUGGCUACCAUUGGCUCAUUCUAUAUUGGUGGGAAGAGCAAGGCGGAGAUUGUGCCAAAUCCGCGUCUCGGGCUGGCGUUGACAGCUGUGACUUCACGCGACGGGAAGACUAUUGUCGAGUUUGAGAGGGAAAUGGCUUCAGGCAGAGUCCCACUCUUCCUCAGUUCUCCCGCCCACAUCAUCUGGGCUUACUCCGACUCGAAUUCGCAAGAACUGAAGUUCCAUGGCGCCAACAGGGGCUCUGCCGAUGUGGCUUAUAACAAUGGCACAACCACCAUCACCACCACUCCCGCUCCCUCAGCCUACGGAAAUUCUGCGUCUUUUAUCGCGCACGGGUUUUUCAUGGCCUUCGCGUUCGCUAUCAUUAUGCCAUCCGCCAUCAUUAUAGCGCGUAUGUUCCUCGCAGCAGACCAGAUUUCGGACCCCCUAUUGCGCAGCACAACUGGCGACGCCAACGGUUUGGCUGCUGGGCUUACGGCGAGCCUCUCCGAACAGGACGAAGCUCGCAGGGCCUUCUGGUUCAAGGCGCACAUGUUUCUGCAAAUCUUAGCCGUUCUUUUCGUAUUCAUCGGCGGAGUUGUUGCUCUGGUUACCAGUGGCAGUCGCGGAUUGGAUUACCUUCACGGGCAGUUUGGUUUGGCGAUUUUCAUUAUUGUGCUGGUUCUCCCGAUUGGCGGGUUCGUGAAGCCGAAGCGAAAUUCCGGUUACCGCGUGUUCUGGCGUUUCGGCCACUGGUUCGUGGGGAUUGUCGCGGUGGUGAUGGGUUGGGUGAACGUGUUCCUCGGCCUCGACCGUUACACUACAAUGUUCUCUGGAAGCCAGAAGGCUUAUCUGAUCAUCAUCGGCGUGGCCAUCAGCUCGUUUGGGCUCUUCUACGUUGCUCUCUUGCUCCGCGACUACCUAUUCCCGCCCAAGCCCGAGGUAGACCAGUUUGGCGCCAAGGCCUCUGCUGGUGCACCUGCUACUGGCCCAGGCCAUGUGUAGACAGAGGGUAGUCCUGGAGGGUACAGUGAUAUUUCCGGUACAAGGCUGAAUAAUGCAUCAGUUCGCUGACUUUUUGCUGAUGUAUUUACUUACAUAGCGUGGCUUUGGACAACCCUGAUUAUCAUAUUGGUUGGAUGGUUUGAGAGGGUGGGUGUUACAAGCAAUUGAUGCUCCUACUCGGUAUUUCUGUUUCGUUUAUCCCACUUGUACAUGACAUUAGAGCCAUAAGAUUCUUAGAACAGUAGUUAUCUGUUGCACACCAAGU